UUUCUCUUUCCCAAGUUUUGUUCACUGUAAGAAAAAUAUUAAAAAUAAAAAUUUUCCCUCCUCUGACUUCUCAGCCGAGUCGACUCACUCUGCCUCGCUCAAAUCCCUAGUCUCCUCUCUCUGUCUCUCCGGAACAUAAGAAAGGUAGCAUUUUACAUGAUCCAUUCCUUUGGAUCCUGGCCAUUGCUAAUCCAUCCUUCUUCCAUACCCAUCCAAGGGUGAGACAUCAGCCAAUGAGCACCAAAGUAGCUUGGAAAAACUACUCCAGACACUGUUUGGAGGGUUGCUUCUUUUGUUGAUGUGACUUGAUUAAGAGAUGGAGGACAAACAUGAGGAAGUGGAGGAUAUCGAGAGUGCUUCUGGUGACUCUUUCAUUGCUGACUCAGAUGAUGAUGCACCAUCAACUUCCGGACAAGAUGAUGAAUUGCAUAUUGAGGAACAUUUGACUGAGGAAGAAAUAGAAGAGCUAGUUGCUGAGUUUUUGGAAGUUGAGAGUAAGGCUGCAGAGGCUCAGGAAGCACUUGAACCCGAGUCCCUUGCCAAAGUGGAAGGUGAGGUUAGAGAGGAGUUGGCACAAAAUCUCCAUAAGGAUGCUUUGGAGGUGGCCGUUGAAGAUGAAAUGACUGCCUAUAGAGAGCAGUGGGAAGCAGUGCUGGACGAACUCGAAACAGAGAGUGCUCACUUGUUGGAACAACUUGAUGGAGCUGGUAUUGAGUUACCAAGCCUAUAUAAGUGGAUCGAAAAUCAGGCUCCUAAUGGUUGCUGCACUGAAGCUUGGAAAAAAAGAGCACACUGGGUAGGAUCUCAGGUGCCUAGUGAAAUGAACAAGUCGAUAACUGAUGCCGAGGAGUAUCUUCAAACCCAAAGGCCUGUAAGAAGGCGACAUGGUAAACUAUUGGAGGAGGGUGCCAGUGGAUUUUUACAGAAAAAACUUGCUAAUGAUGAUAGCAAGGAGGCUGUAACAGAAACUAGAGACCUCGACUGGAGCUCUGUGAACAAAAUAUUUUCUGGUGAUGUUUCUGAUGAGUGUAAAUUUGGUGGCAAGCAUUGGGCUUCUGUGUACUUGGCCAGUAAUCCACAGCAAGCUGCUGCAAUGGGACUCAAAUUUCCUGGAGUUGAUGAGGUGGAGGAGAUCGAAGACAUUGACGACAAUUCCAAUGAUCCAUUUGUUGCAGAUGCCAUAGCUAAUGAAAGAGAAUUGGUUCUUUCUGAAGAGCAAAGAAAAAAUUUUAGAAAGGUCAAAGAGGAAGAUGAUGCAAAUAUCGAUCGCAAGCUUCAACUACAUUUGAAACGAAGGCGGCAUCGAAAAAGAUCAAAACAGGGAGCUACUCAGAAAGAAGUUUUCUCUGUUGAUGGUGUGGUUGAAAGUAAUUCAGAUGAGGCCCGGCCUUUUGUUGAUUCUUCUAAUUGUCUUCCAAGCAAUAAAUCUCAAGAAGAUGAGGAAGGCAUGCCUGACAAAAACAAUGAGGUUAAAAGUUCCGGAACUUCAGAUAAUUUUGACAAGGCAAGGCCAAUUAGUAAUGGCACUUCUUCAAUGUCGGAUUCUGCUUUGCCUGAUUCCACUGAAUUAAGAGGGUCCAAGCGUUCCAAUGAGAGUGAGGAGCCAAAUGAUGAUAUAAAACGGAUUCGGCCUAUUAUCAUAGAUUGUGAUGAAGAAGCUAAUGUGAUGAAUGAUAAAUCUGUUUGCAUCAAAUUGGAAGAUCAAUCUGUCUUGCAUGAAAAUGCUAACGUUUCUGUCACUGCUGACUCUCUUCCUUCCCAGAUUUCGUAUGAAAAAUUCUUUUGUACUGCCUGUCAAAAGGUGGCCUCCGAAGUUCACUCGCAUCCGCUUAUGAAAGUAAUCAUUUGCAAGGAUUGUAAAAGCCUAUUGGAACAGAAGAUGCAUUUGAAGCAGGAUGCUGACUGCUCUGAGUGUUUCUGUGGAUGGUGUGGACGAAGCAAUGAUUUAAUAAAUUGUAAGUCGUGCAAGGUAUUGUUCUGUACCACUUGUGUGCAGAGGAAUAUUAGUGAAGCAUGCUUGUCUGAGAUUCAGGCCUCUUCCUGGCAAUGUUGUUGCUGCUCUCCAAGUCUCCUGCAAAGAUUGACCUUAGAAUUUGAGAAAGCCAUUGGUUCUGGAGACCUUACGGUUUCUAGCUCUGAAAGUGACUCAGAGAGUUCAGAUGCCGACAAUAAUCUCACAGUAGGCCGUAAGAGAAAGCAAAAGAAGAAAAUUCGGAGGAUUCUAGAUGAUGCUGAAUUAGGAGAAGAAACCAAAAGAAAAAUUGCAAUUGAAAAGGAGCGCCAAGAGCGUCUAAAAUCUUUGCAAGUGCAGUUUUCUGCCACAUCUAAUAUGACAACCGCGGCAAGUUUUGAACGGGACUUGCCUGCUGCUGCUAGUACUGAAGUGCUUGGUGAUGCUAUUACUGGGUAUAUAGUGAAUGUUGUGCGGGAGAAAGGUGAAGAAGCUGUGAGAAUUCCACCAAGCAUAUCAGCUAAACUGAAAGCUCAUCAGGUAGUAGGGAUAAGAUUUAUUUGGGAAAAUAUUGUACAGUCAAUCAGAAAGGUGAAGUCUGGAGAUAAAGGGCUUGGUUGCAUUCUGGCUCAUACAAUGGGCCUUGGGAAAACAUUCCAGGUCAUAGCCUUCUUGUACACGGCAAUCAGAAGUAUUGACUUGGGAUUAAGAACUGCACUUAUUGUCACCCCUGUAAAUGUACUUCAUAAUUGGAGGCAGGAAUUCAUGAAGUGGAGGCCUACAGAGGUGAAACCUCUCCGUGUCUUCAUGUUGGAAGAUGUAUCAAGGGAGAGAAGAGCAGAAUUACUUGCAAAGUGGAGGGCCAAGGGUGGUGUAUUUAUAAUUGGCUAUGCUGCUUUCCGGAACUUGUCCUUUGGAAAGCAUGUGAAGGAUAGGCAGAUGGCUAGAGAAAUUUGUCAUGCCUUGCAGGAUGGACCUGAUAUACUUGUUUGUGAUGAGGCCCAUAUGAUUAAGAACACCAGGGCUGACACAACUCAAGCCUUGAAACAAGUGAAAUGCCAAAGAAGGAUUGCCUUGACUGGAUCACCUCUUCAAAACAAUCUCAUGGAAUAUUAUUGCAUGGUUGAUUUUGUAAGGGAAGGUUUCCUUGGUAGCAGUCAUGAGUUUAGGAACCGCUUUCAGAAUCCUAUCGAAAAUGGUCAGCAUACUAAUUCAACAUCUGAAGAUGUUAAAAUUAUGAAUCAGAGGUCUCAUAUCCUCUAUGAACAAUUAAAAGGAUUUGUCCAGAGAAUGGACAUGAAUGUGGUGAAGAAGGACUUGCCACCAAAAACUGUCUUUGUAAUAACAGUGAAGCUCUCUCCACUACAGAGGAAACUAUACAAGAGAUUUCUUGAUUUGCAUGGGUUUGCAAAUGACAAAGUCUCUAAUGAAAAGAUAAGGAAGAGCUUUUUUGCUGGGUAUCAGGCCUUAGCUCAGAUAUGGAACCAUCCUGGCAUCUUACAAUUGAAAAAAGAAGAUAGGGGCUAUCCGAGCCGGGAGGAUGCUGAGGACAGUUCCAGCGAUGAAAACCUAGAUUAUAAUGUGGUGAUAGGAGAGAAGCCAAGGAAUACAAAUGAUGUUCUGCAGGGAAAGAACGACGAUGGCUUUUUUCAGCAGGAUUGGUGGAAAGAUCUUCUGCGUGAACAUACUUAUAAAGAGCUCGACUACAGUGGCAAAAUGGUUUUGCUGCUUGAUAUUCUAACCUCGUGUUCUGACAUAGGUGAUAAAGUAUUGGUUUUUAGCCAGAGUAUACCAACAUUAGACCUCAUAGAGCUGUAUCUUUCAAAGUUAACUCGAUCAGGCAAGCAAGGGAAGUUUUGGAAAAAGGGAAAGGAUUGGUAUAGGCUAGAUGGGAGAACAGAGAGUUCUGAAAGGCAAAAGUUGGUAGAGAGAUUUAAUGAGCCCUUCAAUAAAAGGGUGAAGUGUACAUUAAUUUCAACUAGAGCUGGAUCUCUGGGGAUAAAUCUUCAUGCUGCCAACCGGGUAAUUAUUGUUGAUGGUUCCUGGAAUCCGACAUAUGAUCUUCAGGCCAUAUUUCGUGCUUGGAGGUACGGGCAAAAAAAGCCAGUUUUUGCUUACCGAUUGAUGGCACAUGGAACCAUGGAGGAGAAGAUAUACAAACGUCAGGUCACGAAGGAGGGGCUUGCCGCAAGGGUGGUUGACAGACAACAAGUACAUAGGACUAUCUCUAAAGAAGAAAUGUUACAUCUCUUUGAAUUUGGUGAUGAUGAAAACCCUGAUCCUCUACCUGAAGUCUGUCAAGAAAAUGGACAAGAAAACAGUCAAACUACAACUUGCAAAAUAGGAAAUUCUCUGAAGCAUAAGUUGCCUCUUUCUCAUGGAAGCUGCCUUUCUGACAAGUUGAUGGAAAGUUUACUUGGCAAGCAUCAUCCAAGGUGGAUUGCCAAUUACCAUGAACAUGAGACCCUUUUGCAAGAGAAUGAAGAGGAAAGGCUUUCAAAGGAGGAACAAGACUUGGCCUGGGAAGUGUACAGGAGAUCAUUAGAAUGGGAGGAAGUACAACGUGUACCACUUGAUGAAUCAGGACCAGAGCGAAAACCUGCUGUCACGUCAAAUGUGGUUCCUCCUGCACCAGGGACCAGUGACACCACAAUGCAACCCAGAGGCAUUCUGAGGAGUCGUGUGGUGCUACGGAAAUGCACUAAUCUUUCUCAUUUGCUUACUCUUAGAAGUCAGGGCACAAAAGUUGGUUGCAGCACAGUAUGUGGAGAAUGUGCUCAGGAAAUACGGUGGGAGGAUCUAAAUAGGGAUGGCAAACCAGCUAGGUGAAAAAAAAAAAAAACAGGAGGCUUCCGCCAAUUUGUUCAUAUUUUUGUUUUUAGCUGAUGUAAUUAGUUAUUGAUUGUACAUUAAAGUUGCUGUAAGUUCAAUAUCCUUUUGAACAGAAUACAUUCUUUUUGGUAGGUCUGAUCUCGUUGAUACAUAAGCAUAGUGAAUCAUCAUGUGUCAAGUCUUUUUCAAUGAGAGGCAAGGAGAGAGGGAUUUUCUCUUUUGUCAUGGAGGGUUGAGGGAUUUUGAGGGAUUUUUUCUUUUGUCAUUAAGGGUUGAGGGAUUUUAAAAUGGCAGAAUUAGGCCUGUGUAAAUUUGAAUCAUUCUAAGUUAAUCAAGGAAAACGCAUUUUUAUUUGUUGUAA